UGCCCUCACCUGCUAGACUAGAAUCCGGCCCAGACUCCACUUUUUAAUUUUUCAUCUUGCUCUUCUCCAAGUCUCUUUCUCUUUAUCUUCUUCUCCUUCAUUUUUUAUCUUUCGUUUUUUCUUAUUCUUCAAUAUUCUUCUCCCCGGAUCAAAGUGCAAUAUGGUGAUGGCAAGUAGGUUUUUUUAUGGUUUCUGAUGAAGGUUUAUAGUUUGGGAAUUCAAGAUGUGGAAUAUUUUGUUUUAUAUAUAUCUAGAGUUUUAAAUAUAUAAAAAAUUCUACUUUAUUAUUAAGCUUGAAACUUGAUCUAUCUGGUAUUCAUUCAAAUAAAAGGGGCGCCGUUUCAUGCUUCAGUUUUCCCUCACUUUCACGAGUAACAGUAACAGAUCUUAGUUCAUCCACGCGUUCCCCACCUUCAUCUUCUUCAUCUUUCUCUUUCUGUCUGUUCAUUUUCAUCUCUAUAGACUUCACAUUCACUUUCACAUUCUGCAUUUUCUCUUUAAUUGUACCCCAUUUCUUCAAUUUUAUGUAACAAAACAAAACCAGAAUGAGUUCUCAACCAUCUACCAAAUCAGCUGGAAAACCUUCAAAAUCCACUUCCCAAGCGCAGCAAAACUCUUCCAGAUGCUCUUCUUUGUCUUCCCACUUAGCCAUGGUAGAGCUCAAGCAGAAAAUCCUCACCUCUCUAUCAAAACUGGCCGAUCGAGACACUUACCAAAUCGCCAUUGAAGAUCUUGAGAAGACCGUUCAAACCCUCUCUCAGGAUUCCCUUCCCAUGUUCUUGAAUUGUCUUUAUGAGUCUUCCAAUGACCCGAAGCCCGCUGUGAAAAAAGAGUCGUUAAGGCUUCUGGGUCUUGUUUGUCAGUUGCAUACUGAUUUAAGUUCCACUCAUGUUACUAAGAUUAUUUCUCACAUUGUUAAGAGGUUGAAAGACAGUGAUUCGGGGGUCAAGGACGCUUGUCGCGAUGCGAUUGGGUUGUUGUCUAAGCUGUACUUGAAUGGGACGGAGGAGAACAGUGGGAGUGUUGUCAUGUUGUUUGUAAAGCCUUUGUUAGAGGCAAUGAAUGAGCAGAAUAAAGGGGUGCAAUCUGGUGCGUCUAUGUGUUUGGCUAAGAUGGUGGAAUGUGCUUCGGACCCGCCUGUUGCGGCUUUUCAGAAGCUCUGCCCUAGGAUUUGUAAGUUGUUGAAUAAUCAGAAUUUCCUAGCCAAGGCUUCUCUUUUGCCUGUCGUGGGGAGUUUGUCUCAGGUGGGAGCUAUUGGACAACAGAGCGUGGAGCCAUUGCUGCAAACUAUUCAUGAGUGUCUUGUGAGUACAGAUUGGGUUACACGUAAGGCGGCAGCAGAUGCUCUAAGUGUCUUGGCAAUGCAUUCAAGCAAUUUGGUUACAGAUGGUGCUUCUUCUACACUAGCAGUGCUUGAAGCUUACCGAUUUGACAAGAUAAAACCUGUCAGAGAUAGUAUGACAGAGGCAUUACAGUUAUGGAAGAAGAUUGCAGGAAAAGGAGAUGCGGGGUCAGAUGACCAGAAAGCUUGUCAUGAUGGUGACACUCCUGCAUUGGCCAAGGACUCAAAAAAUUCAAAUCCUAGUGACAGAAGAUCAGAGCCAUCAGCCAAAGGUCCAGCUAAUGGUUUGUCCCCUACUUCAGAUUCUCUUUCUAAAGGCAAAGGUGGAGGCAUUUCACACAAAGCGGUUGUAAUUCUAAAGAAGAAAGCGCCUGUCUUAACUGACAAGGAGCUAAACCCAGAAUUUUUUCAGAAACUUGAGACUAGGGGUUCAGGUGAUUUGCCAGUUGAAGUAGUCGUUCCUCGUAGAUUUCAAAACAUUUCAAACUCAAACAAUGUGGAAGAAUUAGGACCAAAUGAUUUGGAUUUGAGGGGAAGAUCUAAUCGCAUAGGUAACAUGUCAGAUGAAUUUUCUGGGUCGCAUAAUAGUAAAAAUCGAAGCAUUGACAGAGGAACUGCUGUUGUCAGUGAAAAAGACCCAAAAUUGAGGGCAUCUGAUGUUGAACGGGAGUCAUCUGGCAAUUGUGCUGGUUUUUCUAAAACUGAUGGCCAAUCUGAAGGAUCCUUCAUUAACAACAAAGGGAAUUGGUUGGCUAUCCAGAGGCAGUUAAUGCAAUUGGAGAGACAACAAGGCCAUCUCAUGAGCAUGCUACAGGAUUUCAUGGGUGGGUCUCAUAAUAGCAUGGUAACUUUGGAAAACAGGGUUAGGGGCCUUGAGAGAAUUGUUGAAGACAUGGCACAGGAUUUGUCAAUAUCAUCUAGUCGAAGAGGGAGUAAUUCUGCAAUGGGGUUUGAGGGAUCUGCUAAUAGACCUUUAGGCAAGUACCAUGGCUUCACUGAGUACUCUGGUGCCAAGUAUAAUGGGCGGGGUCCAUUUGGGGAAAGAUUUGCUCAAUCAGAUGGUCUUUCUACUGCCAUCAGGGGUAGGGGCACUUCUUGGAGAUCUGAAAUGUCUGAUGCUUGGGAUUUUCAGGCUUAUGGUGCUUCCAGAAAUGGACAGGUUGGUUCUAGAAGAGCUCCAGGUGGUGGUCCCAACAAUGUUAGAUCACCUAAAUCGGAACACGAGAGUGAUCAGGCCAGCAGCAGGAGAGCUUGGGAUAAAGGGUGUGGACCUGUUAGGCUAGGUGAGGGACCUUCUGCCAGAAGUGUUUGGCAAGCUUCAAAAGAUGAAGCCACCUUGGAAGCCAUUCGGGUGGCCGGGGAGGAUAGUGGAACAUCUAGGUCAGCCAGAGUUGCUAUUCCUGAAAUGACCACAGAAGCAUUGGGAGAUGCUAAUGUUGGGCAAGAGAGGGACCCAGUCUGGAUUUCAUGGACUAAUGCAAUGGAUGCCCUUCAAUCAGGUGACAUGGAUACAGCUUAUGCCGAAGUUGUAUCUACUGGGGAUGAUCUCUUGCUUGUGAAGCUAAUGGACAGAUCGGGACCUGUUAUUGAUCAACUCUCAAGCGAGAUAGCAAAUGAGGUCUUUCAUGCUAUUGGACAAUUUCUACUAGAGCAGAACUUGUUUGACAUUUGUUUGUCUUGGAUUCAGCAGUUGGUAGACAUAGUGCUGGACAAUGGACCUGAUGUCUUGGGCAUUCCGAUGGAACUGAGGAAGGAGCUGUUGUUGAAUUUACAUGAAGCUUCUUCAGAAAUGGACCCACCUGAAGAAUGGGAAGGUGUGGCACCUGACCAACUUUUGUUGCAGUUGGCUUCUGCCUGGGGAAUUGAACCGCAACAGUUUGAGAAGUAGUUAGCUGAAAAAGGCAACUGGUCGGGGGAUUUUGUGUAUCAUUUACACAGUAAUUGAACAGUGUAAGAUUUCAGAGGAACAUGCAAAUUUAGCACUGUGCAUCAAUAUGUUGAGUGAUUCAUUUGGAAUGAUUUGUUGGGCAUUCUAAUGUUAAACCAUGCUGUGGCGGAUGAUGCUUUUCAUUUGAUGUACUUGCCAUUUUUGAAGAAAACACAGACUAGAAGGACGAAGUAACAAGCUUUCCUUGAAAAUGUAGCUAAAAACUGAAAUCAUUCCAUCCGUUAAAAAACCAUCUGUUAUCUAUAAAUUUUUGAUAUUUCUGAACGUGGGUAA